AUGCUUUUGUUCCUCAGGGAUUUCUGGAUUGAGAAAACCAUUUAUGAGCAGAUGUACGAUGGCCAUUGGAGAAGAAGGCAGCAAGCAUCGUUUAAUGCACAGGUGAUAGAUAUUGGAAAGAAGGUGAAGGAUGGGGGGUUUGAAGUAUGUGUGUCUGACUCUAGACAUUUUAUUGAUAGCAUCCUAACAAAAGAAUCUAUUGAGGCAUUUGGGAAGGAGAUAGCCUGUGGGAUCGAGGAUAUAAGAGGAUGCUAUAUUACUGUUGACAAGUUCCAUUAUGUGUAUCAUUUUGAAAGUAAGAGGUUUUUGAUGUGUAUAGAAAGGUUUACAUACUGUGGAGGGGAGUGUGAUACAUAUGGGGAGCCGUCUGACAUCAAUGAAAUGUGUUUUCUAAAAUCCCUGAUUGAUUCUCCAUUGUACAUGAGGUUUAAACCAGAGGAGUUGGUGAUGCAUAGAUCUGCCAUUGAAGGGAUGAAUGAUGGUGAAAGGUCGUAUCUAAUGACGAUAUUAGAGCAGAACAAUGAUCUCUGUGGAAAUGAAUGCCGUCUGUGCAAAGGCUACAAAGGGGAUGGAGAGAAGCCUGGUGAUCUCGGGCCUCGAGAAGGCAAGAUUAAAAGAUACAAUCCGUUUAGUGAUAGGCCUUUGGAUGGUAAUGAUACAAAAGCAGAUGGUGAGAAGAUUUACAUAUUUGAUGGCAUAUACAUUGAGAAAGAAGGUCAAGGAGAAUUGAGAAGCAAAUGGCUAGAUUUAUGUUCCGACAGCUCAGAAGAUGAACAUAACAAUUUAUUGUGA